AUGAACGUACGCGACCCUUUCAACCUACAUCGGAACUCUGCCCUCGACAUUUUCAAAGUCACGGCUUCCCGUGCUGCCCAGAACAUCAAGGAGAAGGCAGUAGAGGCGGGAAAUAACGCACUGAACGAUAUGGCCUUCUCGAUUCCCAAGAAUGUCCCUUCUUUUAGCAACCCGCAGCGAGCUCUGGAGGAUCGGUACUGGGGAUCUGGCUCCGUGAACAAUCGGGGCCGUGGAGGCAACUCUAGUCUUUUUCAGGGUGUCCAAGGAAGAGUCGAGGGCCUCUUGGGCACAAAGGGACAGCUUCCCAUGUACAAGGACAAGCCCUACACCUAUCACGCCUCUCGGAGGUUUCGACCUCUUUGGCGGAGGAAACGGUCGAUAAUCGGCUUUCUGCUGUUUUUUCUUACUGGCCUCUGGUGGUUUGGUUUCUUCUCUGAAGGAUCCAAAACUCGGGAAUCGGCGUCACAAUGGAGGGGCUGGCUAGGCUCGUCUGAACCGCCAGGCAAGAAGGUGGAUUGGUCAAAGAGGCGUGAGAGAGUCGUCGAGGCCUUCCAACUCAGCUGGGAUGCAUACGAGCGCUACGCAUGGGGCCACGACGAGUACCACCCCAUUGCGAAAACCGGCCGGCAGAUGGCACCAAAGGGCCUCGGUUGGAUCAUUGUCGAUUCGCUAGACACCAUGAUAUUGAUGAACCAAACCUCGCGACUCGCCCACGCCCGAGAGUGGCUUUCGAAGACUUUGACGUAUGAUCAAGAUCAAGACGUCAACACCUUUGAAACGACCAUCAGAAUGCUCGGUGGCCUUCUUUCCGCCCACUAUCUCUCGACCGAAUACCCCGAUCUGGCUCCCAUGAAGGACGACGACCCUGGGCAACCAGGCGAGGACUUAUACUUGGAGAAGGCGAGGGACUUGGCAGAUCGGUUGAUGUCAGCCUUCAAUUCACCGUCUGGAGUCCCCUACGCUAGCGUCAACCUGGCUCAGUACAAGGGCAUUGUUUCUCACGCCGACGGUGGCGCCUCUUCUACUGCCGAAACGACAACACUUCAACUUGAGUUCAAGUAUCUGGCCAAGCUCACUGGCGAGAAAGACUUCUGGGACAAGGUAGAGAAGGUCAUGGAAGUUGUUGAUGAUAAUGGCGCUGAGGAUGGUCUUGUCCCAAUUUACAUCUACGCCACUGACGGGAAAUUUAGAGGUGACAACAUUCGCCUGGGCUCCCGCGGCGACUCGUACUAUGAGUACCUGAUCAAGCAGUACCUGCAGACGAACAAGCAGGAGCCAGUCUACUUGGAGAUGUGGGACGAGGCCCUCGAAGGCGUGCGCAAGCACCUUAUCACUUAUAGCAAGCCUUCUGGCUUUACUGUUCUUGGAGAGCGGCCGAGCGGUCUGCAAAACGAUCUGUCCCCGAAAAUGGACCAUCUGGUGUGCUUCAUGCCAGGAACGAUCGCACUGGGAGUUACGGGAGGUAUCCCUGAGGCCGAGGCAAGGAGGUUGCCAACAUGGGACAAAAAGAAGGAGGACGAUAUGAAGCUAGCUCGCGAGCUGAUGCAGACCUGCUGGGGCAUGUACAAGUGGAUGGCGACUGGUCUUGCUGCGGAGAUCACCUAUUUCAACAUCGACAAUCCUCCAAAACCCGCUUCGGCCCCGCACCAUCCUCCUCAAAACUUCGACCCAGACCCCGAGGCAACCUGGCGCAAGGACUUCGAGGUCCAUGCUAUGGACGUUCAUAACUUGCAGCGGCCGGAGACUGUGGAAAGUCUGUUCUACAUGUGGAGAAUUACUGGCGAACAGAAGUACCGAGAUUGGGGCUGGGAGAUGUUCAAGUCUUUUGUCAAUUACACUGCUGUCGAGGAAGGCGGUGGCUUCACCAGCUUGAGCAACGCCAACACAAUCCCUCCCGUCACCCGCGACAACCUAGAGAGUUUUUGGAUGGCGGAGACUCUCAAAUACUUUUACCUCCUGUUCUCGCCCAACGACCUGUUGCCCUUGGACAAGAUCGUCCUCAACACCGAGGCACACCCUCUUCCACGUUUCGACAUGGGCAAGCUAUUCAACACAGGCUGGAAGCGCAAGCCUAGAGACGCAAAUGGCAAAAUUAUCACCGACAAGGCAUGA